AUGAAGAGGAGCGAUGAAGAGGAACGAUGAAGAGGAACGAUGAGGAGGAGCGAUGAAGAGGAGCGAUGAAGAGGAACGAUGAGGAGGAGCGAUGAAGAGGAACGAUGAGGAGGAACGAAGAAGAGGAGCGAUGAAGAGGAGCGAUGAAGAGGAGCGAUGAAGAGGAGCGAUGAAGAGGAACGAUGAGGAGGAACGAUGAAGAGGAGCGAUGAAGAGGAGCGAUGAGGAGGAGCGAUGAAGAGGAGCGAUGAAGAUAAAUGACAGCAUGGUCUGAUGUUGUUAGACCUGACGGCGUGUAGCCCCUCCCAGCAGGCUUCCUGACUGGGGAGGGGGAGGAGGGACUCUGCUCAUAGACAGCCAAUCAGAGAGCAUCAGUCCAGAGUGAGAGAGAGAGGAGAGAGAGCGGACGGUCGGGCGAGGAGAAGGUCUCAGCAGAGAGCUCACCUGGAGGUCUGAGUUCUUCUCUUUCCCCUCAGAGAGCAGAUGCGAUUCUGACCCGGUUCUCCUGACGUUGGGUCCGCCUCUUCAGCUGUGGGGAGCUCAGAUGGAGCGUGACUGUGAGGAAGCAGGAGUUCCUCCAGGAGAACCUCUCUGGGUCCAAUGACCAGCAUGAAGGCCAGGAGUCAGUACUUUGAGUGUUCUUACAACAAUAACAUUGAAUGAAGAUUUAUGAUGAUGUGGAUCCAAACCCGGUUUGGUUUCCUGCAGAAUCUGUGGCAGACAACCUGUGAGAAGCUCAGAGACGGCGGGCGUGUUCUUCGUGGACAGUGUGGCACCUGCAGGUUCCACAGGUGAGGCUGACUGAUGGACUACAACUACCUGGCUCUGGUCCUCGGCGUCCUCCUGAUCGCCGCCAUCCUGCUGGGGAACGUGCUGGUGGUUCUGAGCGUGCUCACUGAGCACUCCCUGAAGACCGCCACCAACUACUUCAUCAUCAGCCUGUCGGCGGCCGACCUGCUGCUGGCGGUUCUGGUGCUGCCGCUCUACGUCUACUCUGAGGUUGGUGACCCGGUCCCACAGGGUCAUGUGAGGUCACACCUGUGUCACAUGACCCUCUGUCUGCAGUUCCUGGGCGGGGUUUGGACUCUGAGCAGCCGGACCUGUGAUGCUCUGAUGAGCAUGGACGUGAUGCUGUGCACCGCCUCCAUCCUGAACCUGUGUGCCAUCAGCGUGGACCGGUACAUCGCCGUGGCGGUGCCGCUGAAGUACAACAGGAACCAGUUCAGCGCCCGCCAGCUGGUUCUCAUCACGGCCACGUGGGUUCUUUCUAUGGUGGUAGCCAGUCCGGUGGUCUUUGGCCUCAACCAGGUUCCUGAUCGGGAUCCAGCGGUGUGUCAGCUGGAGGACGACCGCUUCGUAGUGUACUCGUCCGUCUGCUCCUUCUUCGUGCCGUGCCCCGUCAUGCUUCUCCUCUAUUACUGGAUGUUUCGGGGCCUGCGGCAGUGGAGCGCCAGGACCCGGUCUCAGAGGGACAGGGUCCGUCAGACCGGGUUUUCUUUGGAUAUCAGUGCAGCUCUGGAUCAAGCUAAAACUCCACCAAGAACAAACAAAGCUUUUGGAGCAGCGUCCCAUCCCGGCCCCACCCCAAAGACAGAGACCGGCACGGCCUUGGAGAACCCGGACGAGGUUGCGGUGGUUCCGGAGACCGACCCCGUGACGACCCAGGUGGACAGUGUGUCAGAUAAGGAGCCGGCCGAUGGGGCAGGGGAGAGGGAAGGAAAGAGCCGGAACAGCAGAAAACCAAGGAGGCGGACCGGCAAGACCAGCAGAGUCAGCCGGAAGGAACGGAAGGCCAUGAGAGUCCUGCCGGUGGUUGUUGGUGCGUUUCUGGUCUGCUGGACGCCGUUCUUCGUGGUCCAUGUCACAAAAGUGUUGUGCAAGUCAUGUGACAUUGGCCCCACCCUCAUCUCCGUGGUAACGUGGCUCGGCUACGUCAACAGCGCAGUGAACCCGAUUAUCUACACCGCCUUCAACACGGAGUUCAGGAACGUCUUUCAGAAGAUGAUCUGCUGUCACACCUGAAGGUCGGCUCUUCUGGUCUCUAGAGUUCUCCGAGCUCCCUCUAGUGGUCAGCUGAGACCUCGCACUCUCUGCUGUUUCCUCCUCACAACCCAGAGGAUCGGCAGAAUGCUGACCAUCCUCACUCCUGAGUCAGAGUUCUGGAAGGUUCUCUCUUUGCUGACGAUGACAUCAUGAUGAACGUCUUUGGACUAAAACCUGGACGAUGUUUUUCUGACGUCUGCUUGAUGUGGGUGACCUCUGACACCAGAAUGAAAAAAUAAAGAUGCUUUGUAGAUGUGACUUCUUCCUAAUCUGGACUUCAGCUGACAGAUGAGAACUUACUUUGUUUUUGUUGAGUUUGAUUAACUUAUAAAACAGAAACUGAUCUGAAUUUUAAAGAUCUCUGUCAAUGAAGACCUAAAGGUAUAACUAGACCUAAACCAGGAAUAGUUCAGGAUUCUUCUGAUCCGGUUAAGUUUGGAUCGAUCCAAUAAGGUCUCUGUGAUGAACGCAUGACUUAACUGCUGGGGAAACCUCCCUGACAGGAAGAAAUCUGGAUCAGAAUCCUUGUUCUCAUUAGAGAAGUGCUUUUUCAGGAGUUCUGGACUUCAGUGAAUCACAGAAUCUAAGGAGACGCUUUAAGAAUACUUAAGAAAAGGAAGUAAAACCCCCAAUAAAGUACACAUAGACGCUGUCCUGACACUGAGGUGAAUAUAGACGUGUGCGCUCAUGCACACACACACAAACGAUCACACACACGCGUGUUCAGUCCUGAGGUGUGAAGGAUUUAGUGAGCAGAGAAGACAGAAACACCAGAAGAACUGAGUUAGAAAAGCAACAUGAGAGGUCGUUCAUGAUCUAGUGUUUGUAGCUCUGUGGUAGGACCAGAAGAUGAAGCAGAAACAGGAAGACGUGCUGCAGGUGCACCAAUAGAAAUGAAGGCACAGACCUGAAACCAGAAACAGGACUCACACCUGAGCGGGUUCGGCAGGUGGUUUCCACUCUGAUGGACAGGAUGGAAAUGCUGAAGUGCCUCAGUGUGAGGCUGCAACCAGAAACGCUUCUCUGCAUGUUCUGAAGACCACAAC